AUGAUUUUCAAUAUAUCUCUUGUCUUGCACGAAUUAUCGAUUUCAUACAAAGUUUUGUCAAGAUGAUGUCCUUUUUUCAGCGCAUUUUGGACUGGUUUCGCAGUCUGUUUUGGAAAGAAGAGAUGGAGCUGACAUUAGUCGGUCUCCAGUACUCUGGAAAGACGACUUUUGUGAACGUUAUUGCUUCAGGGCAGUACAACGAGGACAUGAUACCGACCGUUGGUUUUAAUAUGAGAAAAAUAUCUAAAGGCAACGUAACAAUAAAGGUGUGGGAUAUUGGUGGGCAACCACGUUUCAGAAGUAUGUGGGAGCGAUAUUGUCGAGGUGUCAACUGUAUUGUAUACAUGGUAGAUGCUGCUGACCAUGACAAAUUUGCUGCAGCAAAAAAUGAACUUCAUAAUUUACUGGAUAAACCACAGCUUUCUGGAAUUCCUGUACUUGUGCUAGGCAACAAACGUGAUUUAUCUAAUGCAAUAGAUGAGAAAGAUCUAAUAGAAAAGUUAAAUCUUUCAUCAGUUCAAGAUCGGGAGAUUUGUUGCUAUUCCAUAUCAUGUAAGGAGAAACAAAAUAUAGAUAUAACUUUGCAAUGGUUGAUGAAUCACUCAAAAUCAAAAAGUUAGAAAAUUUUGUUUAAAUUUGAAGAAAAAAUAGAAAUGGAUGGCAGUGUGAUUACUAGGGAUCUUUCUCGAUACGUCAAGAAUCGCAACAGUGGCAAUCGACUUUUUUACUUUUAGGCCGGCACACAGCAUACGCAAAUUAUCAAUGCAGCGCAAUUUUUCAGUUUUAUAAGCAAAAAAAUAUUCUGAUUAAAUAUUUUAUAAAAAUCACAUUCAUAAAAAAUACGCUUGCUAAAAAUAUUCAAAAUUUUUGCGCUGUAUUGACAAUUCCUAUUUGUAGUGUGUUGGCCUUGAAACAUACAUAGUGCUUUGUAAAGUCGCUGUCGUUGCUAGACAAAUUCAAAGUUGAACGCGUUGCUUUACAAUGGCUAUAUCAUGAUAUAAUGAGUAUGCGAAAGGUUUUGAUUUGUAGAAUUAAUGAAAUCAUAUGAUUGUCGUAAAUGUGCUAGUAUAAAAAUUUAGAAUUUUAAUUGCUAGGCAAGUCACAACUAAAGGAUUUAUGAUUCGUGAUCUUCGACUUCUAAAGUGUCCCAUGCAAAAGAAUGAAUUCUUACAUUUUUUCUCCAUUAAGAAUAUUUCAGAAGUAUUGAUUUUAAUCAAAUUUAUGAUAACCCUGCCAUGGACUUUCUCCCAAUGGCAUUGUUAGCCUUGUAAUACUGUAGUUCAAAUUGCGAUAUAAGUAUCUAUAUUUGUAUAUUAACAUUAAGUUCGUAACUACCACUAACAUUUGCAUACAACUGCUAUUGUAUUUGUAGAUUCACAAACAACUUUACUUAGAGGAAUGAAUAAAGUGAUGAUUAAUGACUUGAUUAAUG